UACACACGCACACAUUUACGUACAGGGACGCAGCGUGGAGAGACAUGGUGCUCGACUUGGACCUGUUCCGGACCGACAAAGGCGGCGACCCAGAGAUCGUCCGCGAAACUCAGAGGAAGCGGUUUAAAGAUGUGACGCUGGUGGACAAGCUGGUGGCUGCGGACACGGAAUGGAGGAAAUGCCGCUUCACCGCAGACAACCUCAACAAAGCAAAGAACCUCUGCAGCAAGAGCAUCGGGGAGAAAAUGAAGAAGAAGGAGCCAGUCGGGGAUGAUGAGGACGUACCCGAGGAAGCACAGAACGUGGAGUCUCUAACAGCCGAGACACUAUCGGCCCUGACGGUCAGUCAGAUCAAGAAGGUGCGCUUGCUGGUGGACGAGGCGGCGGAGAAAACCGACAGCGAGAGGAUAAGGCUGGAGGCGGAGCGCUUCGAGUACCUGAGGGAGAUCGGCAACCUCCUGCACCCGUCUGUGCCCAUCAGCAACGACGAGGAUGCAGACAACAAGGUGGAGCGCACCUGGGGCGACUGCAGCGCGCAGAAGAAGUACUCCCACGUGGACCUGGUGGUCAUGAUCGACGGCUUCGACGGAGAGCGGGGCGCGGUGGUGGCCGGGAGCAGAGGCUACUUCCUGAAGGGGCCGCUGGUGUUCCUGGAGCAGGCGCUGAUCAACUACGCCCUGAGGAUCCUCCACAGCAAGAAGUACACCAUGCUCUACACGCCCUUCUUCAUGAGGAAGGAGGUCAUGCAGGAGGUCGCGCAGCUCAGCCAGUUUGACGAGGAGCUCUACAAGGUCAUCGGCAAGAGCAGCGAGAAGUCCGACGACAGCUCCAUCGACGAGAAGUACCUGAUCGCCACGUCGGAGCAGCCCAUCGCCGCCUUCCUGAGGGAGGAGUGGCUAAAGCCCGAGGACCUGCCCAUCCGCUACGCCGGCUACUCCACCUGCUUCCGGCAGGAGGUGGGCUCCCACGGCCGGGACACGCGCGGCAUCUUCAGGGUGCACCAGUUCGAGAAGAUCGAGCAGUUCGUGUACGCCUCGCCUCACGACGGGAAGUCCUGGGAGAUGUUCGACGAGAUGAUCGGCACGGCCGAGGAGUUCUACCAGAGCCUGGGCAUCCCGUACCGCAUCGUCAACAUCGUGUCAGGCGCCCUGAAUUACGCAGCCAGUAAGAAGCUGGACCUGGAGGCCUGGUUCCCGGGCUCCGGCGCCUUCAGGGAGCUGGUCUCCUGCUCCAACUGCACCGACUACCAGGCCCGGCGCCUGCGCAUCCGCUACGGCCAGACCAAGAAGAUGAUGGACAAGGUGAGCAGGCGGCGGCGGCGGCAGCGCCUCCUGCUGCCGGGCGGGAGGACGGACGGCUCUCUCCUAACUGUGUGUGUGUGUGUGUUGCAGGCAGAGUUCGUGCACAUGCUGAACGCCACCAUGUGUGCGACCACUCGAGUGAUGUGCGCCAUCCUGGAGAACUACCAGACGGAGGAGGGCGUGGUGGUUCCGGAGGCGCUCCGGCCCUUCAUGCCCCCCGGUCUGACGGAGAUCAUCCGGUUCGUGAAGCCGGCUCCCAUCGAUCAGGAGGUGUCCAAGAAGUCCAAGAAGCAGCAGGAGGGGGGGAAGAAGAAGAAGCAGGGCGGGGGAGGGGGGGAGUCCAACCUGCCCACCGCCAUGGAGACCAUGUCCGUCAACGACUCGUAGACUCGUCUCGUCUCGCCUCAGCAGAGGGGCGGAGCCGGCCUGUCUCUGUCCUGAGAGGAGGAUGUCCAUCACCCCCCCACCCCCACCCUCACCGCCGAGCCGGCCACCACAGCCCCUCCUCAGCCCCUCCAUUCGCUCACAUUCAGUUGAAAACUGUCUUCUCUAAACUCAAACGAGACCAAAAAACCUGGCGCCGAUGAGUGGAACGUCUGGAGCGUCUCGGUGUUUGGUGUCUGCUUCCUGUCUCUGAUCAGCCGUCUGUCUCCGCUCGGUCGAUGGGAGGAUCGGCAUGUGGCGCUCGCUGUAACAAUAAAGACAGUUCACAUGGAGCAU